AUGAAUGAAACAUAUGAUUAUAUUAUACUUGAAUUUAUUGAAGGGACUGGGCUAACAGAAUGCAUUCUUUCAGGGCUACUUAGUGUAGAAGGGAAAAAAGUACUUCAUCUUGAUAGAAAGGAUUACUAUGGAGGAGAAAGUGCUAGUUUAUCACUUAGUCAGAUUUACAGUAAAUUUUUUCCUGGUCAAGAUUUGCCCUCGCAUUUAGGAAAUGACCGUAGUUGGUCUAUUGAUUUAAUUCCUAAAUUUAUUAUUGCAAAUGGUGAACUAUCUCGUAUACUAUAUCAUACUGGUGUUACACGUUAUCUUGAUUUUAAACUUAUUGCUGGAAGUUUUGUGUAUAAAGACAAAAAAAUAGCUAAAAUUCCAACUACAGAUACAGAGGCUAUACGUUCUUCUUUAAUGAAUAUAUUUGAAAAAAGAAGAAUGAAGAAAUUCUUGGAAUUUAUUUAUAAUUACAAAGAUGACGACAUUUCAACACAUCAAUCUCUUGAUCUUGAUAAACAUUCUAUGGAUUAUGUAUAUUCCAAAUUUAAUUUAGAAGAGAGUACAAGGGAAUUUAUUGGACAUGCUAUGGCGUUAUAUCUUGAUAAUAGCUAUCUAACUCGACCUGCACGAGAGACGUAUAAACGCAUUCUUUUAUAUAUUACUUCAGUUUCAUUAUAUGGCAAAUCACCUUAUAUCUACCCUGUUUAUGGUUUGGGAGAUCUUCCUCAAAGUUUUGCAAGAUUAUCAGCUGUUUAUGGGGGAACUUAUAUGUUAAAUAGACAAGUUGACGAAAUCAUAUAUGAAAAUGGAGUUGCUGUUGGAAUUAAAUCAGAGGGAGAAAUAGCUUAUACAUCAAAAAUUAUUGCUGAUCCUUCUUAUUUCCCAGAUAGAGUCUAUAAAACAGGAAAAGUUAUUCGAGUUAUUUGUAUACUUAAUCAUCCUAUUCCAAAUACUAGUGAUUUAGAUUCUCUACAAAUUGUAAUGCCUCAGAGUCAGGUUAAACGGAAACAUGAUAUUUAUAUCGCUAUGGUGUCGUCUACUCAUAAUGUUUGUCCAAAAGGCUACUUUCUUGCAAUAGUUUCAACAAUUGUUGAAACAGACAAUCCUCAUAUAGAAGUAAAACCUGCUCUUGAUUUACUUGGACCUAUUGUUGAAAAGUUUGUUAGUAUUACAGAUAUUUUAGAACCUACCAAUACCAAUAAAGAUAAUAUUUUUAUUUCAAAAAGUUAUGAUGCUACUAGUCAUUUUGAAACAGCUACUGCUGAUGUUAAAAGAAUUUAUCUUGAAACCGAAGGGAAGGAUUUAGUUAUUACACAACAACCAACUGUUAUAGAAAGAGAGUAA